UAGCGUUGCCGCUGCGACUUUGAUUGAUACCGCUGUAGCAUGUUUCGUGCGCAAACAGUUUAUCGCUCUGCUGAGUGCAAACAGUUUUGAUCAAGUGUAAACCAAAUCAGAGAUAUUUUUUCUAUCCCCGCCUUAAUAGUCUAUUAUUAGGGCUCGGUUCGAUUUACAUUGACCGUGGGUCUAGUGAUUCGUGGCUAAACGCGAGGCUUAACUACGAUACAGUAGCAAUGGAAGCCGAGGAAAACGUUUUUUAGUGUAAUUUGUUAGAUUUACUGUAUAGGACGCGAUUGCACAUUGUGAACAGCGCUCUGCAACGUAACAACCGUAUGACACUGCUGAAGUCUUUCUGCCCCAAGUGCACCGAUAAGCUCAGUGGGACAUUGGACGUCGUGCAGAGCGGUCGACGAUUCGGGCAAACGCAGUAUCCGAACACCGUGCAAUGGAAGCGAAAGAGAACUACAUUAAAACGCGUCUCGUUACGCAAGUGCUGAACAAUCACGAAUGCUUCCGGGGGAUGGAAGUGUUUGGAUGUACGCUCCAAACGCCCAAACACCUAGACGGUUUUAUGUCCACCAUUCACCAAUUGACGUUGAUUUUGCGCAACAAAGCGAAUGGGGAAGAUUCAACCGUACCAUUGUUGGUGAAGGUGAUGAAGGGAAGCGAACGGUUCCGGACGCAAAACCUCGGCCAUGUACUCUUCCCGAACGAGAUCAACAUCUACGCUAAUGUGCUACCAUACUUCGAUUCUUUACUUGCUGCAUCGGGCUCACCGCUCAAGGCGACGGAUUGGUGUCCCCGGGCCUACCUAAGCUCGAUGGGACAGUUUCCCGAGUACAGUGACAUAUUCGAAACGUUUCUCGUAAUGGAAAAUGUAGCACCCAAAGGCUUCCGGAAUGGUCCAAGACUAGAUCUGGACGAGACACAUCUUACCCUGAUGGCGGAGAUCAUUGCCCGGUAUCACGCCUGUUCGUACGCGUUGCGCAUACAAAAUCCCGACAAACUGGACGCGCUUGUCCAGAAGAUCAUUCCACUGAAUUUUCUGCAGGAUGGGAAAAUCUUUUUCGAAAGUUACGACAUGAUCUUUCGGCUGGCAGCGGAGCGUUUGUUUCUGUACGUUGAUGAGUUCCCGGCAGAGCUUGAUAGUGAGCGGUUUAAGCAGCAUGUCGCCAUCCUGCGUACCAAGUACGGGCCAAACCAAUCGCUGCUCAUGCAGCAGAUGCUCGAACGUGAUCCGAUCUACUCGGUAAUACUGCACGGUGACUACAAUCGGAAUAAUGUGCUGUUUCGCUACUCCGAUGACGUUCCGGUCGAGAUACUAAUGAUCGAUUUCCAGGAGAAUCGGUACGGCUCGCCAGCGCUGGAUUUGUCGUUCUUCAUGUACAUGAACAUGACGCCCGAACUGAGGGAACGGUUUUGGGACGAACUGUUGCACCGUUAUCACAGGCAGCUGAUCCGGACGCUGUGCGAGAUACUGCGCUGUACGGAAACGGAUCCUCGGCUGGAAGCGUACAGUGAGCCAAACUUUAGGAAGCACUUUUCGCGGUUUGCCCUGUACGGUGCUAUGGUAGCGCUUAACUUUAUUCCCGCAAUGAUGAGCAGCGAGGAGGAAUGUGCCGAGCUUAACAGCUACUUUGAGCAGGAUGUGCACUGUGAAGGAUUCCGACGGUGCACGCUUACGGUUGGCGGGAAUGAGGUUAACCGCCGCAUUACGGCAGUUAUGCGACACGCGAGCCAAAUGGGUUACAUGGAUGUGAUGUAAUUAUGUGUGCAAAUUGUAAUGCAGCAAGGGGUGAAAGUAUUUAACCAGCUGACAAACUUUAUAGGGUCAGCUGUGAUAAUGUCGAGUUCUGUGAAGUACAAACCCUUAAAAACCUCAUUCCUAGAGCUCGAAUGUGAGGUCCUUCAGUGUCCAGCGCCCGAGUGUUUGAAUUAGCAUCAGCCAGCACCAAGUUAGCAACCUGUUAUUCUGAGCAACAUAAGCUAUAAUAAAAACUACGAAUUUAUACUCACAUCCACUAUAAUUGUAACGGUCAUUUUGAAUUUAAAUAAACAAGAGCAAUUGAUCCCAAAAGGGGAACACGUGAAUAAACAUUAAAAUGACUCAA